GAACCAACCAGGAUUAGACCUAACGGCUUUUUAAUAACCGGUCCUGAGUGUUCUGUGUUUCCUGUUGCUGAGAUUUUAAUUAAUCCGACAGUAGAGUGAAAAUGAAAUAGAAACGAAUGCCAGUGUUAAAAGUUAAAAUGAAUCGAGAGGAGACAGCCAUACACUACAGAACAGUACACAUCUUUUAAAUGCACGUGUGGAAGCAUUUCUAGAAUGGAGAAUAACACCACUGAUGCCAUCAUCGUAAAUCCCGCAUUGUCACAACAUCCACCUCCAAAUCAAACAGCAGCGCAGUUCUCAAAAGAAAAGACAUGGUUAGCUACAUCGGUAAUAUUGAUCGCCAUGAUAAUAGCCAUCGUAGUCGGCAAUGUCCUGGUUUUGGUAACAACCUGGCUUGAUAAACGUCUUCAUCAACCAAAUAAGUAUUUUGUCGCCUGUCUUGCUGUUGCUGAUCUACUUGUUGGUGUCUUCAGUGUUCCUAUCAGAUUACAUCUCCACCUUAACGAAACAACUCUUGCCCCAAUUUACCUUUGUCGUUUCUGGACAUGGAUGGAUAUUAGCUGCGAAGUCGCAUCGAUUGCUACCUUAACGAUUAUUAGCAUUGAUCGUUACUUUAAAAUUAGUCAUCCGUUCGAAUACAGAUCGCGAAUGUCGACCUCGAGAUCCGUAUUUAUCAUUUCUACGAUUUGGCUCAUAUCGGGGGUCCACGCCACUUUGGGACUAUUUCCAUACGGCGACAGUCAUGGCGUGGUUGCAUUGGUUGGAAGAGGAUGUAUUAUUGAUAAUAAAAUCUACUUGACCGUCACCAGUGCCAUAUUCUUCUUCAUACCUUUGUUGAUCAUGCUCGUCAUGUAUUGCCUUGUCUUCACUGUUGCGCAUGCGCAGCAAAAACGGAACCGAAAGGGAAAAUUGGGCAGAACGAUGUCUUCGCGAAGGAGGAAAUCCGUAAACAAGGAAUUUUAUCAAGAACUGAAAACCGUUCGAAUGCUUCUUCUUGUUGUUGGGGCGUUCACGAUUUGCUGGAUGCCUUUUUUUGUUCUAUUUUUUCUUGUCACUUACAGCCCAGAAUAUUUGCCUACCAGCAGAUAUUUCCAACAGAUUCUAGGCACCAUUUGUAUUGUCAUUUUACCAUCGCUCAACAGCCUUUGCAAUCCGGUGAUAUACGCCUGUUUCGAUCGAGAAUAUAGCAGCGCUUUCAAAAGAUUGUUCAAAAUGGUGUUGAGUUGUAAAAUGUCCUCCGGAAGAGAGAGAUAUAGUUCAGCGACUCAAAGUUUGAGCCCUAAUACUCGUUCAAAUGUGGAAACUCAAAUUAUUUUUACACCAGCAGCUGGUUGCUCAAUGCUCGAUUAGGGCCGACCGUUGCAGCAAGUUAGAUUUAAAUUACUGUUCUUCUUUAUGUAUGUAUAUAGAAAAUAUAGCUUUCAUUGAACAGUAAACAGGGUCCUUAAAAAGUCACGAUCACUUUAGUCAGCAGACGUGCGUGUUAUUGUCGCCCACACAGAAUUUUUUGACGGGCAAGUAGGUUCAAUUGGAAAACACCUGCAGUUGGUCAGUUUCAUAAACCUUACAUCUUCCUGCAAAAUUUGGUGAGGAAAAUUCAUCCCGGGAAAAACUUGUUACAUUUUGUGGAACAAUUUGAUUUGAAGACUCGCAUUGAUCGUUGGUCAACCAACAGCUUGUGCAUAGAACUGGCCACAUGCAGGCCCGAAAAAAUGACGAGUUUACGAGCAAAAUGACAUAUGCUAUAAAACAAUGUAGAAUUCUUUAUGAUUGGAUAAUAUAUGAAAACUGUGUGAUAUGCCAAAACGAAUAUACCAAAUAGGAAUUGACUGUUAUUUUAUGUCAGGAUACAUGGCGAGCGUUAAGUUACAUGGACUACGCGAGGCGCAAAUAUACUAUGCCAUAUAUUUAGGACUGGCAUUAUUGUAAUUUACUAGGAGGCAUAGAAAACCAGUGUUAUAUAUGAAUGAUAAAUCGAAAUUAAAUCUGAAUG